GAUAGGAGGUGUAGUAUUCCUAUCACAGAGUAAAUACCGGAACUCGUACUCGCAUUGUCGUUCCUUCCGAAGUACCUUCUUUUGAGGCUCUCACCUUGAUACAAACGAACAAACAAACGAACGAACGAACUGCUAGAGAGACAAGGCUCAUGUCGAGUCGUCGGGGAGCAGCGCAAGCACGGAACGCACUCCAGGGAACGAAAGGGUUGCCUCCGUCGCAUCCGAAAGAGCAAUCGGCGUCGCACCGUGCCUUUCUGAUCCGUUCGUUGGAACGCAACGAUGCCGAAACGGCCGCCCUCGUCGACUUGCACCAGACGCUUGUCCGUCUCCGCCAACGCAUCGUCGACACGCGUCCGCACGGCGCCGCGUUCUUGCUCGCGCUCGGCCGUGGGACCCUCCGACUCGAUCCGUCCGGCAACGAUCGUUUGGAACACGUCGCUCACGACGACGACAAUCAUCAUCACGACUGGUUCGCCAAUACAUCUCCCACACUCCGACGACUCGGUGUGGAAUUUUUAUUGCGACGUAAACUGCGUCGGCAAUUGUUGAAUCGCUUGGCGCGUCGAUUGAAUCGCAUCGCGCACGUCAUGGACGGAGAAGACGUCGGGGUUCCCGCGUUGCCCAAGUACGGCGAACUCCGUUUGCACGUACAGGACGACGCCGUCGCCGCCCUCGUGGCGCACUGGGAACGUCAGGACCAGGCCAGAAUCCGGAUCCAAGCCGCCCGGGAAACCGCUACGAAUCUAUCGGAACGUAGUGUUGGCGCUCCGGCGCCGUUACCACAACAACAAGCGUGCGGGGGUGGCGCAAACGAAGCAGAACCAAGGGAUGAACAUCCCGUCAAGGUGGAAGAUCCAUCCGACACGAAGGAGACACCCGUGGACGCCACCGUUCCGACUCCGGCCGAACACGGUCCCUCCACUGCCGCCUCACCACACCCCGAAACGCACGCAUCCAUUACCCCCGCACCGCACGAGGCCGACCCUGUCCCCAGCGACACGGAUCCGAGCGACGCGAUGCAGCUGGAUUACGAGGCCUUCCGCGACUACAAGGAUGUCUACGACAAGGUUUGGAACGCGAAUCCCGUCGGUAACCAGCCACCGGGUUUCGCCUACCUCGCCGCCGCGCAGCCCAUUGACGAGGCCUCCUUCGGUGUCACGGCCGUGGCGGGCGUCAACGCGACCAACCGACACAUGACCCUCAAGGAAAAACAGGCCGAGUUUAUGCGCUGGCAAACCUCGCUGCUCGCGAAAAUUCCGGAUCAACCGACCUUUGCCGAUUUGGGUUUGGACAAUCGCGUUUUUUGUUGGGAACAACGUUAUCAACAAGCCUGGCAAGAAGCCACCGAGGACAACAAUCAUACUAGUAGUGAGGGUGAGGACGCUCGUGAUCCGCAACAGUCCCCUCAAAAAGUCAACGAAGCGACGGACAGUGGCUCGGCCAAGAAACUACGUGUCGUCAAGAAAGAGGACCACAGCGACGAUGACGACGCUAUGGAGGUCGAGUCGGAUCCCGCCACCGACGAAAAGCAAGAAACCAAGAGCCCUACGAAAACGGUCGGCAAGGAAGACGCGAAAUUGGAAACGCCCCAAAAGCCAGAAAGAAAGGAAGAAGAGGCCAAAGAACACGCGCGCAAAAUUGUCAAGCCCAUUUCGUUGGCUGCCGUACCUUCGUUCUACGAUCAAGAUCUCGAGCGCAUCAAAUGGGUCCACGCGGAGCUCAUGUCCACGUCCAUUCGGGAUCACGCUCGUCAACGUAUUCACGAAGUGACUAAGGAAUACAACAACGCACUGCGCGUUUCCAACGAAUUGCACGAUCGUCGUCAACGAGCGGAAAGUCAGUACCAAAUGUUUGCGCACGAAAGCCGCAAUCAACUCACCAAGAUCAAGAUCGAGUACCAGAACGACUUUGCCGUGUACAAGUCCCGUUACCUCCAGCGUCGUCGGGAGUUUGAGCAAAAGAAGCUGGCGCAAUUGUUGCCGUCCAAGUGGGGUCGCAAUCCGGAGGGAACGCACGCGACGCGGUUGUACACGGCUCGACCGAACGCGAUCGCCAAUCAGGUUGGCAGCUGCCUGGCGGAUGUUGUGGACGCGGUCGAUUUGGUGGCGCAGGGUAAACUGACCCUGACCAAGUUUCAGGAACCCUUCAAUCCGCCGCAGCCACCAAACAUUCAGGGGGCGAUCGAUCCCAAGACGGGAGAGACAAUCACGCAGCGCAACAAACGUGUCGAAGAAGGUUUGAAACAGGAAGUCAACACGUUGGCUCUCAAGUUGCGGAACAACGAGGAAGAGCGGCAAAAAGCCUGGCGUCGUAUGCUAAAGACCAAGGCGGAAUUCGACUUGCCCCACCAGGGCACCGGGAGCUCGCGUGCGCAGGUGCGGGUGGAUUUGAACAAUUACCACCAGGUAGCGCUGCCGCCGUUGCGUCAGAGUUCGACACAGAGCGUUCCGCAGGAAGUUGCCGCGCGCGUGGCCGUGCUGCCGUCGUACACCCCGGUACAGUCCCAGUACUACCCCAUGGGUGGUGGGGACAACAUGAUGACAAUGAUGGAAUCGUCAAAGUAUUCCGCGGCGCGGGUGAAGGAACGUAUUUCGGCCGACGGAACGGUGGCACCCGUGACGGAACCGAAACUGAACAAGGACGGUUUGUACCUGCGUCCGGCCGGACGGACCCGUAAGGGAAUGGAAUGGGAUGCGGUCCGGGGUAUUUGGGUACCGGCCAACAACAAUCCCGGAGGAUACAAUUAUUAA